CCGGGUUUCGUUUAGUUUGUUGCUAAUACUGUCCGUAUUCCGGAGCCCUGGCGCAUGGAAGGGUGUCGUUCUUAACGGCAUUAGAAUAAAAUGAACACGGAGGAGGCACUAGAGAACCAUGCAAAGUUUAGAAGCUUCACGGCGCAGGUUGACAAGUCGCUCAAAGGGUUCGAGUACUCUACUGAAUGGGCUGAUUUGAUCUCAGCACUGGGACGCUUGAUUAAGGUUAUUCAAAGCAACUCCAAAGCCGGCUAUAUCCCUCGAGGUUUUCUGAUUGGGAAACGUCUGGCUCAAUGUCUUCAUCCGGCCUUACCACCUGGAGUUCACUGCAAAGCCCUUGAGUGUUAUGAUGUCAUCUUUCGCACCGUUGGUCCGCAGCGACUGGUACCAGAUCUACCCAUCUACGGAGCCGGCUUAUUCUCUCUUCUUGGACCCUCGGCCAUGGCAGUCAAACCUCCUUUGUUUGACAUCUUUCAAGAGCACUUGCUCCCUCUCGGCACUGCCUUACAACCGGCAUUUAUGGGACUGCUCCAGGGCUUGUUACCUGGGCUGGAACAGGGAGCAGAAUUUUCCGAACGCGGUGUCAAAACAGUGGAAAUGUUUUGUGCUGCUGUUGGACCCAGGUUUUUCUACACAUGUCUGUGGAAAAUACUCAUUCAUUCACCAUCAGCACGUCACUUCGGAAUAUCCUUCGUCCUCAAUCAUUUCAAUAAGCGCAAGCCGCUUGAGGAUCAAGAUUAUAUCUAUGGUCUGAAUCGGAGAGUCCUGAUCCAAAGUCUAUCCCGUCUCUUCGGCGAUUCUGUUCUACUUGUCCAGCGCGAUGCGUUGGACUUUCUUCUCAUGGCCCUCCCGAUACACUUUAUUUCCCUCCCGAAUGUGAAUAUCGCCGAUGGUCCUUUGUCCACAGACGAUUGCAAGGCUCUGUGUACUUCAGCGCUUUGUGUACUCCUGCGCAGGGAUGCUUCACUUAAUCGUCGUCUGUUUACUUGGCUUAAGGGUGGUCAGCCCGUGGAAGUCGUACCAUGCCACAGUCCCACAGCCGUCCAAAAUUCACAUCGACCUCUUACAGUGGCCUACUCGGUUCUCAGUCAUUGUAAAGAGGUACAUGAUUUUAUGACUACCCAUGAUCAGGCGACGGAAGUGGAUCAAUAUGUGCAAUCCCUCUAUUUCAACCGUUAUUCCAAAGCUAUAUUGAUUGAUGCCGUGCGACAAAUCAUUCAUCGUCCAACCUGCUUGCCACUUCCGAAUCAACUAAUUGGUUUAUGGGACUCCGGAUCUCUAACCGCAAAGCGUGCUUCUUCCAAUAUUGCCAUCGAACGUGGAAUUGCCGAGCGGCCUUACCGAAUUCUUACUGGUCUAUUGGAUCGUUGCGAUCUUGGCGUAUCCAUUAUUGAAACAAUUUUAUCGGACAUUCUGCGUUACACUUACGACGGAUUUCACAUCCUUAAGCAGCGCAGUUCUGCAUGGAUUGGCAGUGACUCAACGAAAAUCCUCCACCCGAAAUCACCUACCAAAUGCGGUUUCGACACAAUCUCAGCGAUCGUGGAUUCUGAUGUGGUUGCUAUGAUUAUGAAUCACGUGCUGGCUAAGGAUAACACGAAGUCCCUAACUUUACGUAUUGAAGCUCAAAGUAAGAAGUUGUCCCUUCCACCCACCGGCGAAGUCUUUGCACCGGAACCCGAAUUCUCGGAAAUGGUCCGAACACAAGAAACCAAUAUGCUUCAGUCAUUCGAUGCCACUACCAGCGGCCAUCGCAACGGGGCAUGCGAUUCUGUACCUACAUAUCGUUUGACUGCUUCGGAUGAAUUUCUCCGCACGGCUCACUUGUUUCUGAGCAACCUUGACGGCUCUUUUCUCUGGGAGUACAUCGAGACCGAGUUCAGCCUAUUGUUGGCUACGCGCACCAACACAGGCGCAUCACGUGUUCAACAACUUAAGCCACAUUUCCAACUUGAUGAUUUGUGCCGCGUAGUCCACUUUUUGGUUACUAGGCUACCUAUCGACACUUAUUCUGGAGUUCGAAACUAUCAUUUACCACGGCUAACAUCGCACCUGCUCAGGUGCAUGAUGCAGAAAAUUCAAGCGACAACCGAUGCAGACGAGGGAUCACUACCUCCAACAUACGUCUCCAGUCUUCUAAGUGUUGUCGACUCUCUAGUGAGUCAAAUGUCCGAGUUCAUCAUGUCGAUGUUCGACAAGGCCGCAAUGUUUUCAGUGAACGAUCCAAAGUUAUCGAAUCCAAAAUCGGAAACCAGCUCAGAUGUUUUCAAGGGACAGAACGUGUCACGGUCAGCUGAGCCCAAUUUGGCUGCAGUGGCCACGACUAUUGGACAUUUUCGUCAACUGUUUGGCAUAUUUUGCGUGCAUAUCUUGGAAUUUUCUCCCCAGCAAAUGCGAACAAUUCGAAACAAUAAAUACCCAGUGACACCGGACAUAGAUCAAACUUCGGUCGUCGGUCUACGCAGUUCAAAUAUUUCGGAUCACCCGGUUUGGUUGGAAGUUUUUACUCAAAUGUGCCGACUACUGCUCCGUUUGUCCGACUUUCCGUUGCUAAUAUCCACUUCUUCCGAGUGCUCGCAGCAUGUGCCAUCUGGUUUUUGUGGACCAAGCGAAUUGAUGCAACUAUUCUGUGGUGAUCUGACCAGUUCCUCUCGAAAUUCGAGUGAAAACAUUUUGCCUGAAUGGCUCGCUUGUUUGCUUUACGCGUCAACGGAGGUGGAGAAUUUCGACAUGAAAUCUAUCGCUCUGUACACGUUGCUUGAAUUACUAUUCGCCUCUGCCUCCAUUCACGGUUGGAUGGAAGGAGGUGAAGUGGAUCCCACAGGAGCUCCGAAUUCACAUCCUCUUCUAAACGCAUACUCAUUGAGUGACAAAGCAAAUCAAACUCCCAAGAUGCGUCUCAUAUUACCCGUUUUAUCUGGUCGCCUGCUAACCUACGUGGUUCGUCACACCGACACUUUUCAGCAUUUGGGUGUAUCCCUUUGGCAUUACCUGUCUCAAUCUCACUCUGCUUAUCACGAAGACGUGGCAAAUCUCUUUUUGCGCCUUCACCAAAUCGCACCUCCUACAUCCAACGCAAGUUAUGUCAAUUCGGCUCCUGGAUGUCCUAUCGGAGGAAUUUCCUCCAAUGUGGAAGCUUUUAUCCUUUCACAAAUGUUGUCUACCGAUUUGCACACGCAGGUAGAUGCCCAGCAACGGUUUGCAUUGCUCUGGCACCUCAUGCGUCCGUCCCCAGGCUCUCCCUCGGUAACACGGACUGUUCCUGGUAGAGAAUCCAAACUUGCUGCAUUUUCCAGUUCUAUUGCUGCUCCAUGUUGGCGACUGCUGUAUAUGGGUUCGUAUGAGUUCGCUACCGUCAGUGGGAGCCGCAAACGCCGCUCUUUCUCGCAUCCCUUUAUUCCAUUUUAUCGCUGUGUGCUUCUACUGCUGGACCAUUUGGAUAUCGACAUUCCAUGGGGACCUAUGGGGCCUGUAGGUACAGUUGGGUUCAAUUCCGCUCUUUCAUAUUUACCUAAUGGCUAUGUGAACUCAGACUCCACCGCCGGUAAUAUUUCCGAAGCUGGGAGUGCAGGUCUGGUUCGUUCCGUUUUGCGGGACCAAGCGGUUCACUGGGCUGUCCGCGCUCUACGUACGGGCCAAGUUGAUCGGCUAAUGGCGCCCAUUCUGGCUGCUCUGUUACAUCCAGCUACGGUCCGCAUCAGUUUGAAAGCACGUGUUAUUCUUGAUAAUCAAUACCUUCUCAAUGGCAAAAAGAACGGUAUGUGGCGGUCAAAAUCCACUCAACAUGAAUCGACCGAAGCUUUAGAUUUUGCCCUUGCUGCAGACGAAGAAAGCGCCAGCUCAAAAGAAUCUACCGUUAAUCACCAACUUCAGGUUUCCGAGCAGGAUGUAUUUGGUCCGACUUAUCGCACGAUGGAUAUGCUUUCGGUGCUACAAACAAAAUUGCGUUCUAUCAACUCCGGGAGCGCCAAACAAAAAACAGGAUUUGACACUGCUGAACACCAAGCCACCGCACAAACUUACGUCACUGGAGAGAAUCCGUCCACUAUGUUGCCACUUCAUGAACACCUUGUUAUUUACCUUCAAAACCACGACGCGAAUCAAGUUGUCUACGCUCUUUCUCGAUUGCGGGCACUUUUGUCCCUUGCGCCAACUGUGUUCGUCAGUUCGUUGCUUGUUUGCCCUGUGACUGGAGGCUCCGCAAGCGAUUCUACCGCGUCCCCUACUAUUUAUCUGUUUGGAAUCAGUUUGGUUGAAUUGUUAGCGCGACACCGGCGUGCCCUUGCGGGCGGGAAUUUUUACGCUGCGGCAACUCAGGUUGAAUUGAACCGGGCCAUUCAGACACAACCUACCUUACUGGAGGUGGUAGUCAAUCUGUGCAUCCUGAUCAUGUGCAGUCAGCUACCAUGUACGGAUGAAUGUUCAAUGUCAUCAAGAGACUCGAGUUCUGGUAUUUGUGAAAGUCGUUAUCGAUUUACUGAAAGCGAGUUUCGGGCCAACAAAUACGCACAGAAAGCUGCCGCUGAGGUCCUUGAGCUAAUUGUAAAGGAACUAGUUAAUAUUUCUAAUUACUCAGCAUUCGAAGCGCACUUGAUUGAUUCAACUCAACUGCUUCCUCCUGGCAGACAGGGUUCAAAUGCGGGUCAACACAGUAAUGGUCGUCUGGAAGAUGGGACUUCUGGACUGAAGUUUCCCACUACUGCUGGUCGUCGUCUAAUCGAUGCUAUCUCAAUACGCACAUGUUUGACCUCAGCCAUAUUUCAUUGUCUCGCUAGUGCGGUUGAAAUUGCACAUUGGCCAGGCUCACCAUCCAACUGGCUAUCCAGUUUGAGUUCCACAGAGGCCAGUUCUCUUCCGACGUGCCUCCGGUUACUUCUCAUCAAUGAGGUGUCUUCUGGUCUACCUGAUUCUUUCCACACUGCUUAUUUGUGCUCUCUUAUCCGACUCACACAAAGUGUUCUUGAACUUAACCCGUGGUCACUGGAUCAUCAUGCUCCUUCAUCCGGUUCAAAAACCUCAUAUCCAAGUACAGUCUGGACUGGUGCUUCCAACUCAUGUUCUACGGCACAGGCUGCUCAGAAUUAUUCUGGCGAUCUAGACAGUUCACUUUUAUCGAAAUUUCGUCCCGACCAAUUAUUGAAAAUCUGGUUAGACGCAUUUUCUGGCCUCCCACGAUCACUAGUCAACGAACCUUUGUUCAGGACAGCCUGCUUAUCCAUGCACUGGAAUUCGGUCUUUAUCCCCAGUCGGAGUUCCUGUCGUGAGGAAGGCGCCCUUUUGUGCGACGUUCUCAGCCUUGCUCUCUCACCCCCGAAAGCAUAUGCGGGAUCGCUUAGCGGACGGGGCCUUUCUUGUCGUCGUGACUUACAUCCAGUGUGGUACCAGUUUAUAUUUGCAACUUUGGCCUCUUGGCAUGCGUACACGCCUUAUUUACUUCGCGUAACUGUUGAGCAAAUUUGCUCCAAUCUGUCGGCUCUGACAGACCAGUGCUUUUUGUCCGAAUCAGAUUACCGACAGUCAAGCGCAUACCACUCAAAAGAGCACCUCUCCUUGCCAGGAGACUACACUUUAGCUUCACUGGCAUGUCUUCAAGGGAUUUAUUCUGCACUGUUAUUACCCGGUGGUAGUACUACUUCCGCAGCUUGGUUCCGAAAAAUUUCUCAUCAACCUUCUGUGACCGUUUCCGGUCCUACAGCUUCCCAACUUGCUGGAUUCCCGGAUUCGAUAGCAAAAUCAGCCGAGCUUGCUGAAACACUUGCUGAGCUAACCAGGAAUGAUGCGAAUAUUAUCAGUACUACCACUAGGGGACUAUCUGCCGCAGACCCGGGCAUCAGUUCAGUUGCGCGAUAUGAUCCACUUUUCCCGUCUCCACUCGCAUCCGGUGGUGGUGCACAGACGACUGCAUCGCCUUCGUCGUCAUCUCAAGGUCUUACCUCUGAACCGUCCGUCAUUUUGACACCCUCUGUGGCUGAGAAUGGGAUGGAAUCAAAAACAAAUGUGCAGCAUUUUGCGGCGAUUUUCACUAGUAGGACAAAAGAUUUAUUCGGUCAGAGCAAUUUUCCGAACCCGGAUGCACACCCAUUAAUGCAGGCGCAGGUGGAACUGUUUCGUCUACUUCCCUUUGUGCUCACUUCAUUGGCUUCAAUAUGGGAAGCCUUUAACCGACACUCCUCCGGAAAUGGGUUUGUUACAGACUCAUCGCAAUCUCUAGAACUUCCGUGGCCUGUAAUGCCCGCCGUUCCGAUGACCCAGCUACCAGCAUUUACAGCGCUGGGUACACCUACCUCCGUCCGGUCAGCCAUUUGGAUGCUUCUAGAACCAAUCGCGCUGCACCAUCCUGCUUCAUUUCUAAUCACAAUCGCUCUUGCUUGGCCCCCGAACCUUGUGUAUUCUCACUCGGGUACAACUGCUGGGUCAAAUUGUGGUGGAAUUCUAAGCCUGCUCACACCUUCGUAUUCGGAUGUUCCGAAUGCGAAUGAAGAACCCAACUACCUUCCUCUGCUCCCAGAACAAGUCAAUCUACUGCGACUUUUUUCCGGUUAUGUGUUCGAUGAACCGCCAAUCGGUCUACUCCUACCGGCAUCCACAUUUAUCGACAAACUCCGUGAUUUAGUUCGUCAGCCUCUCACAAAUGUCGCUUUAUUAGCCCACUUGGACCAAGCCAACUCGACUGGGGUGCUAAUGGGCUCACAGAACACUGUAGGAAGCUCUGCGAACGGAAUCAGCAGCACAAAGAAACAGAACCGUGCCGAGCUCCGUGUGCGAAUUCAAGUGAAUCUGCUCCACUUGUUGUACGCUUGGCUGAUUAACGAACCACGGUCAAUUACUCCCAACCUGUUACUCAUCUUGCUUCGUGAUCUUAUAAGUAUACCGGUGGGUAGCUCGUCUUCGGGUGCCUCUGGAAGCGGUCCCAGUGUUUCAUUGCCACCAGCUGCAGUAUUUUUACUUGUAAAAAUCUUCAGUGUAUUCAUACAGCUUAAUGGCAGAACAGAAGACCGGCGUGAGCAACGCGAAUUGCAGGAGUUGUGCCAUAGAAUACUGGAGUCCACUACGGCCGUUGCUGCGUCUUCUCUAGAGCAACCUUCUUGGUUCCGCCGGACUUUGCAAGUUCGACAACCAGAUGCGCGUGGCUCCUCGAGUCCCGUACCACCACCACCACCACCACCGUCCGUACCCGCAACUAGUGAAAACGACCUAAUGAACAUGAACCAUAGCUCCAGUUCAUCAACCGAACGUGCUAAUCUUUGUAAUUCCCGGUCAGCUACCAACCUGGUUACAACCGAGUGCGAUUCACCAGCAGCGAAUCCCCGUUUUUCGAGAAUCGACACUGGAGUAGAAUAUAAAACUGAGAGAGCUCCAUCUUCUUCAACAACGCUGAUGAACGAAGGUGUUCAAUCCAAAGUUGAUGGAGACCUAGCGGUCCAAGCUAUGGAACUUUUAGCAGAGCACAUGGCCAGUUUAUUGGAUUUCGUCUACAAAAGUGACGAGAAAGAUCGCAUCCCAGCUUUCUUAGCUAGCAUCUUAUCCAGCAUUUUUCCUUACCUCCGUGUCCGAAUGCCCAGUAACUCGCAACACUUCACGGCGGCAAGUAAGCUACUGGCUUCUGUCAGCAGCUUCCAGUACACGCGCAGAGCUUGGCGACGUGAGGUGCUAGAUUUGUUUUUCGAACCGGUUUUCUUCCAAAUGAAUGCAUUCGCCCUCCAAAGUUGGAAUCUAAUCAUCGACAAUUUAAUGACACAAGAUAAGAGCACUUUCAAGGAGGUCCUAAUGCGUCUCACUUUCUCCCAAUCGGGCACAUUAAACCUCUUCUCCAAUAAAGAAGCUGAGCAUGACUUACGGGCAGCUUACUUGAAAAAACUGUCCUACCUUAUAUACGCCAGUGAUGUUGAUCAGUACGCCAAGGCGAUGCCCGAACUACUAGAACGACUUGCCGAGUGUCUGCGCCUUGGUCAGGGGAUCGUACCACAAGUACAUGCCCAGGUCUUUGUUUUCGCGCGUACCCUUGUUUCACGUAUGUCACCUAUCCAGCUCACUUCUCUGUGGCCAAUUGUGAUCCCCGAAUUGAUACUGGUUUUCAAAUCCUUGGCGAAACACGUCGAGAGCAAUCGUGUGCCCUCGUCGGAUAAACAGAAGAGCCUUCAUUCGCAACUGUCCAGUGAGCCCUCUUCUAAAGAAAUGUGUAUGUACCUAAGUGCGUGUAAAUUUCUGGCAACCGGUCUUCUCUGUUCCGGGGACGAAGCGCCUCAGUUCUCAUUUUAUCAGUGGAUUUUUGUGAACGAAACCGGUGAAUACAGACAACACGAACAAGAGAAUGAAGCAGCUGUCCAGCGUGCUCACUUUAUUCCCCUGAUCGUCUCUGUGACGGAAUCUCUAAGGCAUUUGGAGGUCAACAAGCCACUCCAACGGGAUAAAUUUGAUGGUUCCUUAACGCAACCCGUCCAAGGCUGCCUUCACAUACUCGCUGUUCGGCAACUCACGGAUUUCUCUCAGUUGUCCCCCUUUCUCUAUAGUCUGGAUGGUAGAACCGAUACACUCGGGGCUUCAGUUCGUGAGGAUGGAUCAGAUCUCGUGGUCCAUCUUGCCCUCGAAGCUUCGCUGGCCCAGGAAUUUCCGGAACCUUUUGUUGCUCGCUGACUACCUGAGGUGUGCACCGUUUACAUGGAAGCUGGCCAACUCGUGGUCUUUCUGUUGUUUUAAUAAUUUACACUGACUUGACUUUUCUCUGAACACACUCGUAUGAGCAUAAUCGCUGUGUACCAGGCAGCCGUUCAGGUUACUUUCAAUAGUUAGCCACCAAAACAUCCAUCUAUCCAAACCAUGCUGUGACCUCGUUAUUUUCCACUAAUCUUACUAUCAUUUUGGGAAAGCUUUAACAAAGAUUUCCUUAUUUUGGAGGUUAUCGUUUGCACAUUCUAUUUUAUCUGUUACACGUGUUUCCCCAGACCAUUCCUGGACCAGUUUAGAUGCAACCGUUGUCUUACGUCAUUGUACGGUCCGUUUAAUGUGGUUGAACCUGAGUUGCUUAUGCCACAGUGGGGAAACUUCGAUGCAUUGUUUACGGAUUCCAUUAAAAAAUUCC